AUGGUCAACAUCCCCAAAACCCGUAGGACCUACUGCAAGGGCAAAACAUGCAAAAAGCACACCCCUCAUAAAGUGACACAAUACAAGAAGGGCAAGGACUCGAUCUUCGCGCAAGGAAAGCGCCGUUACGACAGGAAGCAGUCAGGUUAUGGUGGUCAAACGAAGCCCGUCUUCCACAAGAAGGCGAAGACAACGAAGAAGGUCGUGCUGCGGCUAGAAUGCACUGUAUGCAAGUACAAAAUGCAGCUGACCUUGAAGCGUUGCAAGCACUUCGAGCUUGGUGGUGAGAAGAAGACCAAGGGUGCUGCUCUUACUUUCGUGCGUGUCGAACUAUUGCAGGGUUGGGUUUCAGCUACUAACCCCGUUUUCGCUCCUACCUACGAAUAUGAUAUGCCUGUAUGCUAUCGUGCGAUCAUUGAGAAGUGA